GUCGCACCCUUUGUGAUUGUUACUACGCAGGUCGCCAGGGCGACAGAGGAAGUAAAGUUUAUCGUUCGCACGGUGAUCGCCAUAUUGAUUCUCCGACUGGUUUGAGAGAGCUGCCAAGACGAAUUAUUAGAAUUUUCACUUCUAAACAACAUGCCCAACAGCACUGUUGUUUCGGUCGACUCGGCCGGAUCGUCUGGAUCAAGGCGAUCUUGGACUCGUCAGUACCGGACAGUUAAUAAAACAUCUACAGUGGAUGAGAACUUAUUCGGCUCGCCACAGAGAACAACUAAACCUCGUAAACAAAUGGGAGGUGAAGAGCUUCUUGUCGAGCGACGUUCAAGAUCAGCACCAAAUGCAACUGGGCGAACACCAAAGACACAAGAGCCAGAAACAAUCCAAGUUAUAACCAAGGAUUUGAUCCGGAGACUACGGAUCCCUGAGGAAGACCCUUCUGGUCGUUCAAUGAUCUUGGACUGGUCUGAAUUUUCGCGAAUCAAAUCAGCUUCCCGUGUUAUUUCCAAAGAAGAGAGAGAAGCUGCCCACAACGAGAUGAAGAGAAAGAAGGAGGAACUGCAGAAUGCAUCUGAGGAGAGGAAAAUCUUUAUGCAGAUGAUGGACUUGAAAAGGAAGGAAAAUGAAAAGCUCACUGACUUAGAAAUUGAAGCCCAGCAGAAAAGCCAACAUUUGCUUGAAAAUGCCAACAAACAAAUGGAAGAACAGGAGGAUGAAAUUAAAAAAUUAAAUGAGCUCAUUUUGAAUGCCAAGUGCCAUGCCAUUCGAGACGCACAGCUCAUUGAAAAGGUGGAAGUAAAGAAAGAGCAGUUGGUUGAAGAGAAGCGAUUAGACGAGAUGAUGGAAGUUGAGCGUCUCAAGAAGCUUCAAGAGGAAGAGGAGCGAGAAAAAGAGAGGCAUAUCGAGCGAUUGAAGGGUGCUGCAGUUCUAAAUAUCCAGAUUGAAGACAAUAAGCAACAACGAUUGCUGGAAGAGGAGAAAAAAGACCAGGAGACACAAGCUAUGCUGCAGUACCUUGAAAGGCUAAAGGACGAAGAUAUGGAAGCCCUUGUCAAGAAACAUGAGACUCAGAAAAACCUAAUGAAAGAGGUGGCCAAAGCUAAUGAGGAGAUAAAGCGACAGAGCGAGGUCAAGAAACAGCAGGAGAAAAUGGAGGAGCUAAAGGUGAUGGAAUACUUGAAGCAGAAGGCUGAGCGUGAGGAGGCGUACCAGAGGGAACAGGAGAAGAUUAGGAUAGAGAAGGAGAAAGAGAUUGCACGUCUGAGGGCUCUGCAGGAGAGAGCUAAGGAUGUCCAGGCAGAAAAGGAUGCACUAAGGGCCAAGCGAAACCAGGAGGAAGCUGAGAGGGAAUGGAGACGAAAGGAGAGAGAGGAAGCUGAGAAACAGAAACAAACUGAAGAAAUGCUACGUCAAGCACGAGAAAACCAAGUAAAGAACAAGGAGCAUUUCCUGGCCGUCCAGGCUAAGAGGGACCGAGCAGAAUUUGAACGUGUCUUACGAGUGCAAAAAGAGCAAAUGCACAAAGACGAGGAAGCUGAACACGUGUCUCAGGUCCGCCGCCACCAAUAUGCCGACGAGGUCAGACAGCAGAUCAGAGAGAAAGAGAAGGAGAGGGUGAAAAACAGGAACGCCUUCUUUGAGGAGGGGAUCAAACUCGACCAGGAAGCGAAGGCCAGACGACAAAAACUCGACGAAAUCAAACGACGCAAGCUUCACGAGCUCAAAGACGCUGGAGUACCAGACAAGUACUGCAACGAAGUCGCACGACGAAUCGAGGCCCCGCCGCCAUCGCUAUCCAGAUUAUACUAGAAGCUACUAGAUAUCCAAUAUAAACAAUGUCACAUAUCAAUCUAAUAGAAGGAUUUUAGCUAAAUUUGAAACAACUGAAGCCUUAUUUAUCGGGCUAAUACUUGUACAUGGGUAGCAUUCCUUUUUUGAUGCUUUUAUUGCCUAUUGGGUUUCAUCUGUUCAUUGUAUAGUAUGUCCUAUUUCUUGAUUGUAAAUAGCCGUGGAAGGAAAUCUAGUUGAGCAGUUCUCUGUUAAGAGUGAAAAAUAAAAGUCUUUUUUAGAAAA